AAUGCAGGGUUCUUGUUAGUUUAACAGUUUGAACCGUCGAAACCACAAGGGACUCUCUUGCCUCCUCUAACCUGCACUAGCCAUGGCCAUGGCUCUGCACCAGCCAUGUCUGUCCACAUCCUCAUCAUCCGUAGAAAACGUUAGCCUCUUCCUCCGCAACCACCAUCAACACCAUUGCUCCUACAGACCCACCACUACAACAUCCAUCGCCGCUGCCCAGUUCCUCUGCCAUCGCCGGACGAGAACAAGGGGACCUGUUUUUGUAGGCAAAGAAGAGACUGAAUUGCAGGUGUCAGACUCAGAAACCCAAUUCGAGCAGCAAGAAGAAGACCCAACUCCUGACGACCUCGAAUAUGUUGGCCAGAUCCAAAGAGUAUUAAAACUUCUCACGAAAAACAGAGACAUGAUCUUCAGUGAGGUUAAACUAACGGUCAUGAUUGAGGACCCAAGAGAAGUUGAGAGGAGAAGACUACUUGGCAUAGAAGAUUCUGAUGCGCCGACUAGGGAUGACUUAGUUGCUGCUUUGGAAGAUGUGAAUGAAGGAAGAAUUCCAAAAAACCAUGUUGCUCUUCGGAUGCUUGCUGAGGAAAUGAUCAAUUGGCCCAACCUUGAGGUCGAAGUUUCAAAGAAAAAACCUAGCAAAUCUUUAUAUGCAAAAGUCACUGACACCGGUGUUGAUCCUAAAGUGGCUGCAAAGAGACUCAACUUUGACUGGGAUUCAGCAGCUGAGAUUGAGGACAGUGAUGCCAGUGAUGAUGCAGAUGUUCCUCCAGCUGUGGGAUACGGUGCAUUGUACUUGGUCACUGCAUUUCCAGUCAUCAUUGGAGUCUCUGUCGUGUUGAUUUUAUUCUACAAUUCUCUCCAGUAGAUUCCUCUCCUCUCCCCCAGCCUCCAAGCUAUUCAAUUGCAGCUGAUGCAAAACAUCAAUGUUCUGAAGUGAGAGGACCAGGCAGCUUUGAUGGCUAUAAUUCCGCUUAAAAUGUCAAAAAUUAAAGAGGUCUUUCUGAGGCAAACAGCCUGAUUGAAGCCUAUCGAAAAUGCGUCCACUGUUAUCAUCAUAUUUAUUGUUGGGGAGAAACACCACAAUACCUGUUAUAACUGUAAGCAAAUGCAUUUAAUGGACAAUGAUGAUUUGCCCUGUUAAAUAUAACAGAAUACCUGAUGUACAGAGGGGCACUUUUGUUAUCUUUCCUUGUAGCAAUUUAUUCUUUGUAUGAAUGUAGAAUGUAUUGAA